AUGGAUAUUUGGAGCCAGCCAGGACUCAAAAAAAUUUAUCUUGGUAUUGUAGCUAAAGUUAUCCGUUUCACAACUGAUAAAGGAGCUGACGUUGUUAAUGCUUUACACAUAGGCCCAUAUAAAGUUGUUCAAUACGUGAAAGAAACUCCAUCGCUAGAUCAAGCUGAGGAUCCUAGACCUGAACGUACUGAUGAUGCCUUCGUGGAAAUUGAAUUAGAUAUUCAAAUAGCUGAUGAAGAAAGUGACGAUGACGAGGAACUUCUUUCAGACAAUGAGUCAGACGAUGGAAAUGGACACGAGGAAGAAAAUUGA